GUGUUUUAUAACGAUAGAAGGGCGUGUUGUAAAACGCAGUAUACGGUCUAUUAAUAGAUCAUAGGGCAACCCCGAUUAGUAGAAUACUUAUUUUUAGACGUGACAGUUGUGCAUGUCUAAAUUUAUUACAAAAUCGGGAAAAAUUCAAGACGUCAACGAUAUUCAUAUCCUUCGGUUUACUAGUUAGCAGUUAUUCUUCGCAACAAACACAUCAAGGAGUUUAAGAACAUGAUGACUGGAAGUGGAAUAGUGUUCUUUUUUCCCAUCGUUUUGUUUGUAUCGUGGUUUUCUCAGACUUGUUCGGUUCAGUACAAAUGCUACAGAGAUAUAUGCGACUCGUCUCGGCAAUUUUGUAACGACGACGAACAGCGGUGUGAAGCUUGUGGGGAGUUUGAGUGCAGCGGACAGAACAGUUACGUCAAACUGGACCAGUGUAACGAUGCCUGUAAACGUCUGGGUCUUGUGACAACCAUCAGUCCAAAGGUGCUGAACGCCACACCACCACCAAAAGAAACCCAAUCCACAAACGGAAUAUCCACAGAAUUGAUUAUUUCCUGUGUAAUCCUGUGCUUCGUGAUCAUAAUUUUCGUAGUGCUCAUAACUGCUGUAAUUUGCUGGUAUAGAAAAUGCACCAAAAUACAAUUUGAUCGGAAAUAUAUGUUCAAACAUCCAGCUGAGGAACCUCUUCUGAAACAACCAAAUGGGGAUAUUGAAAUGGGGCCCAUUCGACCUCAGAAACUGCCAACGAACUGCACAGAGGACAGGGAAAAUCAUAAGGACCCUUCAGCUCCACCUUCAUAUGAAUCAGAAUCACCGAUUUGCCAAGCUACAUCAUCAUUUCAUGGGACAACUGAAUCACAUCCGGCUAAUGCUGAUUUCCUAGCGGAGGACCAGAGAUAUGAGCAGGCAGAGAGGGAUGAGCGAAACUCACUAAAAGACACUGAACUACACGAGGUCACUCCAAAAUCAGUCGUUAUUACAAUCUGAUUUUAGAGAGUACCAUCUCGGCAAUAAUCUCAUUCAGAUAUGUCCUCUGGAAUUGUUCUGAUGGAAUGAAUGAAUGUUUGUUUAACGACACCCCAGCAAGUGGUGGCAGUCCCUUGUGAUAAUUGUAUUUAUAUUAUUUAAAAUGGUCCGUUUCCUCUGCCCACAGCACAUACCUGUACUUGACUCUGAAUGUGAUUCUGAAUGGCAUUACCGGUAUUCAGCAAGUUGAUGUUCAGCACGUGGAGUUCAGAGAUCAUCCCCUCCAAUAUGACCCAGACAGUUGACCUUAGUAAGGUUGUAAUAACAAUACUUUUAUCCUACCACCCAUCAAUGAAACUGCCACUCUGGAUCAGACAUGUUUUGUUCAUUGUAUUAUCAUGUGUUUGCUAUUUAUUGAAUAUUAACGGUUACAGUCAUACAAUAUUAGUUAAACUAGGGCCCUGCGAAUCUCAAUUUUCCUAUCGAAUCGAAUUUCGAAUCUCGAAUACCUUGGAGAAUAACCAAGUGUAUCAGAUGCAGUUCACAAAGGAAUAUUCAGCUCAGUGAAGGAAAUUAGACAGAUAAUAUCAAUAUCCACUGCAUUGGGUGUACGUACGGUGAUUAACAUGAUUACACAAGGUUGAAGUUUAAAUAAUAAAGCGCCCUAAAUAGAAAACCAGUACUAAUGUGUACAUAGGUUGAACAGUUGAACUAACACGAGAUAAUAUCUUGGAAGUGAUCAUUUAUUGGCUUUUAAUUAGAUCACAAAAUAAUUCAAGUAAACAUGUGAAAAUUAACACUCAUCAUCAAUUUUUAUAUAAAAAGGUUCAUUUAAAUAGUCUGUUAAUAAAGUAAUAUUCAUCUCGUACUUAAAAUAAGAAAAAAGAAAACAUCAUUCAAUUAGAGUAUGUAGUAGUGUUGAUAGAAAGUGCUCCUACUGGCAGUAGCCAGUGGGAAUUUCCCCAUAAGCUCAGUUGGUAGAGCCCUGGUCUCUCGUACUGAGAGUAUGUGGUUCGAAUCCCCUCAGUGGAGGUUGAUUUUUCUGUUUCAUAUAUUAUUCCAGACAGAUUUCACGAUGUUUGAGAACUCAACUUGGAAACAGUUUUUCCAAGAUGAUUUCUUACUGUCCGACAACUUUACUGGAUAAAAACAUUAAACGACAGUAUAGAGCCCUUUGUGUACGUGCAAACAUGUUGUUGCGGCGAUUUGCAAAAUGUUCAGAAUCUGUGAA